AAAUAGUCAAAUUUCAGUGCAGGAUCUGGACUGUAGGUGAAAUAAUGGGCCUUGGUGUUUGACAACAGGAGAAUAAGAGGUGGUAUCAGGGUAAGCAGCAAAGAGGAAGAGGCAAUAACUCCCCAGACUGGAUGCUGACAGUCUCUGGUAACCAGAAAAGGCAAAUAUAAACAAAGAGGUGAGCGACGAUGCCUGGUAUGUUGAGAGUUGCGAAAUACAGGAAGGGUGCUGCAGCAAGGCCCCCGGUCAAAGUGGUUAACUGGGGAUCUGAGCUAGGCUGUGACGCGCGGCCCUCACGUGACCAGGAGCCUAUGUCUGCCCAAGUCCCUCUCGUCCAGGUCCUUUUUGCUUGUCCAGACACCGUCUGCCUACUGCCCUUUGGUCAAGGGGAAAAAGCAGGAGGAAGUCUGCGGGUCACAGCGGUGCGCCUCGAGGAGAGGAGGCCUAGAGCAAACCGCCAGGAGAGGUCCAGAGGAUCCUCAACAUGGAAAAAUCAUGCAAAGAAAAUGAGGAACAGCCAGAGAGCGCGCCCAAGACGGAUGAAGAACGGCCUCCUGUGGAACACUCUCCCGUAAAGCAGUCUCCGGAAGAACCGUCUUCCGAGGAGCAGUCGUCAGAGGAGGAGUUCUUUCCUGAGGAGCUCCUUCCUGAGCUCCUUCCCGAGAUGCUCGUGUCCGAGGAGCGCCCUCCUCCGGAGCGCCUUUCUAGAAGGGACCUUUUUGAAGAGCGCCCUCCCAUGGAGCAGCCUCCUUGUGGAGUGGGAAAACAUAAGCUGGAAGAAGGAAGCUUCAAAGAGAGGCUGGCUCGUUCUCGCCCGCAAUUUAGAGGGGACAUACACGGCCGAAAUUUGAGCAACGAGGAGAUGAUAAAGGUGGCAGAGGAGAUGGAAGAAAUGAAAAGAGUACGAAACAAAUUAAUGGUCAUGCAUUGGAAGGCGAGACGGAACCGUCCUUAUCCUAUUUAAUGUGUUCGGCCUUUAAUUGUUUCCCCUGAUAGAAGGUUGCCACCUGAACUUUGUUUGCAUUUUCUCAUCUCAUGCACUUUUCCCAUCUCAAUUUUAACUUUUCGCGUGGCUUUAUUUUAGGUGUUUUGCUUGUAACUGGCAUAAAAUUGGGUUUUCCCCACCCACAAGCUGCAAGUCUCCCUCUCACCCAUUUGCAUGAAAAGGUGUACGUUAUAUAUUGUGAAGUGAAAACAACAAUUUUCAAAAAGUAUAUGUAGCAUCCCAUUUUUGUAAAAAAUGUAUAUUUGUAUAUUAAUAUGCAAAGAAAAAACUGAAAGUAUAUACUUAAAUGUCUUAACAGUGGCUAUCCAUGUGGUAAGAUAACAGGUGUUUUGGUUUUUCAUUUUGCUUAAUGGGAGCUUCUCAUUUUUCAAGACAAACAUAUUUUGCUUUUGUUGAAAAAAACAAUAUGGGGAAAAAAUUUAAAAAUUGUCAAUCAACUUAUAAAGACAAUGUGGCACUUAAUAAAUACUUGUCAGAACUUUAAAGAAAAGUAAAUCCCAUGUUUCCUUUAAAUCUCUUAGGCAGAAAAAUAAACCAGGUACUUCUACUUAAA